AUGGGCGUGCAUGGACUAUGGCGCCUCCUUGACACCUUUGGGGAAGUAACGCAACCGGGCGACUGGCGUGGCAAGCGGGUUGCGGUUGACGCGAGCAUUUGGAUGAGUCAAUUUCGGGCCCAAUGCGCAGCCGGAGAAAAUGUGGAACAGCGCAUUCUUGAGGGAUUUUUCUUACGCAUCCUUAAACUUCUUUUCUACGGUAUUGAACCCGUCUUUGUCUUUGACGGAGCGGCCACAACCUUGAAGUCGAUGGAGCGACGACGGCGAGCGGAGCGUCGGGCAGCGCUGGAGCGCGCGGCUCUCACUCGUCGCGCCAAACAGAUCGUCCAGGCCCAGUUGGCCUCGGGCGUCUUGGACUUACGUGCGUUGGAUCAACAGAGCCCAGUGAAGGCGGGCGAUGCUCGAAUUGCGCAACGCGCAUCCCCAGGCAGAUUGCCUGUUGCCGUGACAGGCGGUUGUGGUGCUCCUUCGCGGAGAUUAAUGUGCAAACGAAGGCGUGAAAUUGUGCUGGAGCCAGACAUCGUCUCGAGAACUCUGACGAAUAAUUUCUUGACAGAGGCGGAGGAAUGGAUGGAGGAAAAGAGGCGCGGCGAAAUGUGCGUUGAGGCCAACACGCUCUUGUACUCGAGCACUUCCCUCUUCAUGGGGCCUCGACGGGUGUUGGAAGGAAAAAUAGAUGCAUCCAUGGCGUCCGCCGUGCAGACUGUGCGCGACAAAAAUCCCUCACAACAAGUGGUUCCUUCUUGCUUAACUAGCGGAGCAUCCUCGGUGGUGAGCUCGGAUGAUGGCAUAAUUAGUAAUAAUGACUAUGAAACAGUGCCCACUAGCACAACUAGUGGGGACUCUGUUGUAAUUGUAGAAGAAGAUAGAGAGACGUUGGUGGAUCGUCUCCGUGAGCUGGAGGAGGUAAGGAGUCAUUCGUUGCAUGACGACUCUUGCGAGACGUGGUCAGAAAAGGCUAUGGUGAAAAGCGACGGCGACAUCCUCUCUUCAUGCGGCGAUGGAGGUGACAGUCGUGAUGGCAGCACAAGUGACCAUGCUGCGGAUGACUCGGUCCAGCUGUGGAACCCUGGUACCCAACUAAAUUGCCGAAGGAGCGCUGAAACCACAAGUAUGCAGCGCGAGGUAUCUGAAGGAGGGAGUGGGCAGUAUGCACCUGUUUCCCUUCGCCCCGUUGAACGGCAAACUGGUGGGGAGACAGAUGCACGAGUAGCACUGGAUAUUACAGGCGCACUGGGUGUCAAAAAUUUAGCGGCAGCACCGUUGCCUUUCCAUCCGUCGCGCACGCCGACGCCGACUUCAGCUCCAAGGCCAGCAUCAGCAUCAUCAACAACGAGCAAGAACUUAAGACAAGUUAUACCGUUUGAAUUGUUGGAGAUUGCCGAGCUACUUGACUGUUGUGGGAUUCCAUUUGUCCUGAGUCCUCAUGAAGCGGAUGCACAGUGUGCCUUCCUGAGCCAGCAGCGGCUUGUGGAUGCGGUGUUCUCGGAGGAUAGCGACGUCAUUGUCCAUGGCGCCACGGUUGUGCUGCGGGGAUUCUUCGCGAAGGACCGUUAUGUGGUGGCCUAUCGUCAGAGCGAUUUGGCGACGUGUGGCGUGGACAAGGACGUCUUGGUCGCGCUUGCACUUUUGCUUGGAUGCGACUACGCGGAGGGUGUGGACGGAGUCUCCUUGUUGGAGGCGCUACGCAUAAUCACUGCCUUUUGGGGCCAAGGGAGCGAACAAGGCCCCACGCAUGUGCUGGAGAUGUUGACGCAGUGGAGGAAUGCCGUGGCCCAGCGUCGUUUUGUCUGGGAUGACGAAAGCACCCUCUUGCAGUUAUACUUGAACUGGAGGAAGUGGACCUCGCUGCGGGUGGGCAUGGAAUUCCCGAACGCCCACGUCGUGGGUGCCUUUUUCAACGCCACCGUGAAUACGGACCUAAGGUCGUUUGCAGUGGCGUCUCCGGACUGGAAGCGGCUGCGGACCUUCGCCGGCAUGCACGGCUUGCUUGGCAGUGUGACGUGCCAGCAAAGGCUGGAGUUGGCUCAAAAGGAAUUCAUGGCAAGGGAACUUCGGCGUCAAGAGGAACGCAACAAGCGACAGUGGCGUCUGACUGAUUUUGCGAUGCCAUCACAGAUAAAGGAGACUGUGAUUUACAAGAAACAGCCGCCCAAGUUUGAAGCGGCGCUCUCCGCCUUGCGUGCUGCCAGGCGAGGCGGGGUUAGCUUGGAUGGCUGA